AAGUUAAACCGAGUACAGCUGAUCGAUGAUUCAUUUAUCUUUUCAAAAGUUGGUGAUAUUGAUUAUGAAAUCACGUUUCAACUUUUGAAUUAUCUUAAACAUGAAAACGAAUAUGCACCGUGGUUGGCUGCAUUAGAUGGUUGGUCUUGGAUAUAUAAAUUAAUGAAAAGGACUCCAAACCAAGAAAAAUUUCGAAACUAUAUGCAUCGUAUGAUGUCGUCUGUGUAUGCYAAAUUCCAAGACAUGACAGUUGAACUUGAUGAUUUUGAAGAAAUAGUAUUUAAAAAUCAAGUGACUGCACAUGCCUGUUAUUACCAAAUAAAAGGCUGUAUCGAACAACCUCUAAACUUGUUUAGAAAAUGGAUGAAAAUUACGGAUCCAGAUAAUAAUAAUAUAUUGCCGAGAGAACUUAAAUCAAUUAUUUACACUCAAGCGAUAAAAUACGGAGGUGAAGACGAAUGGAACUUUUUAUUGGAACGUUAUCAGCGUUCCAAUUCGAACUCUGAAAAAGAUGAUAUGCUCAUAGCAUUAGGAUGUAGUUCAGAAACUUGGUUACUAAACAGAUAUUUGAAUUGGUCACUUGAUAAUUCAACUAUUYGCGAGGAAGACGCUGAGACAGUGUUCAGUGCCACAGCGACCAAUGAAGUUGGAUUUUCUAUGGCAAAAGACUUUUUGUAUCAUAAURUUUCAAUUAUUUAUGAAUUGUAUGUUACCAUUUUAAGUUUAUUAAU